AUGGAGCCCCCAAAUGCUAGGUCUCCGCCCAGCUCUACGGAGGCAUCCCAUCAACCAACGACCCCAGGGUCCUGCGCUCUCCGCCUCGAAAAUCUCGAGGAGAAAUCCUCAGCAACUAAGAGGGAGCUGAUGGAGUCAAUUGCCGCAGACAUCUGCGCAACCUUUAUCAGUAUCGCCAAGCACUCCGAGGCAGGCACGCUGCUAGCGACGCACACGGAUGUCAUCGACAAAGUGAUUUUGACAAUCCACGACACAGACGUGGGACAGCGGCGCAUCCUGGAGAAACGUGGGCGCCGACUGCGCAAAGAACGAAACUGGAUCCGGAGGAGACAUUUGAAGGUAGCCACUGAGGCAGAUGCGUUGGCCCGUGCCUACAAGGCGAGAAUGCGGGUGUUGCAGAGCUCGCUCCGAAAGGCGCGGGAGGAGGCCGACCAACUACGGUCUGAGCGAGAUAUUCUGCGGGCUUUCAUGAAGAGGAAUGCGGCCGAGGAGCGGACUACGGAUGAUGAUGCUGAUGGGGAGUAUGAGACUGACACUAUGGAGGGUGGAGACGGAUUGUGA